GACGGACGCACGGGGGUGGUUCACAAUACACAAAAGUAGACCCGAUGAUUGUGGUUCAUUCGUCGUGAGAAGUCCCGCACGUACGCAUCGGAGUGUCAAGGCAUCCCGAGUCGUCCAUAUCUAGCGUACGUUCGUCACCGCGCGAUGCCGGAUCUAAGUGGAAAAGUGGCCCUGAUAACCGGUGCUUCAUCAGGCAUUGGCGAAAGCACCGCCGUACAUUUUGCCUCUCUCGGCUGCUGGCUGUCGCUGACUGCACGGAAUCAAGAAAUUGGAGAUAAACGUGAAUUCAACCAUGCUGUGCUUGUCGUUCCCGGCGACGUAGCCGUGGAGAACGACGUCGCCAAAGUGGUCGAGAAGACUUUGAAGCACUUCGGAAAGUUAGACAUUCUGGUGAACAAUGCUGGUAUUCCCAUGCAAGGAAAAGUUCAAGAUGCACCAAUGGAAAAUUUUCACCGAGUCUGGGACACUAACUUUCGCGGUCAACUAAUGAUGACGCAGAAGGCAGUGCCACACUUACGCCACACUAAUGAUACCCAAUACUGCUCCAUACGCCGUUACCAAAGCGGCUAUGGACCAGCUGACACGAUGUGCUGCACUAGCCCUGCUUGCAUCCUGACGCCUAUAAUAAAGGACCCAGCCGUGAGCAUGGAGCAGCACGCAGAGGCGAUGCAGAAAACUGUCGGUGCCGCACACGCGCUGGGCCGUAUCGGAAUGCCGGAAGAGGUGGCACGCUGCAUCGCUUUCCUGGCAUCCGACGAUGCCUCCUUCGUCACGGGAAUCACCAUGCCUGUCGACGGAGGCAUGCUUCUGCUCUCCGCCUGUCCAAGUGUGCCACAGGUGGUGUCGACCGCGAACGAUCCUUGAUGAGCCAC